CGUGGAAGUGGAGGGCAUGGACAAGGCCGGGAACUUCAUCGGGUGGCUGCACAUCGAGGGCGUCAACCUCUCGGUGGCGCUGGUGGAGCAGGCCCUCUCCAAGGUGCACUUCACGGCCGAGCGCAGCAACUACUACAAGCCCCUGGUGGUGGCCGAGGCCGCCGCCAAGCAGAAGAAGGAGAAGGUGUGGUCACAGUACGAAGAGCCCCCUGUGGAAGACGUGGUGACCACAGCCGAGGAGAAGGAACGCACGGCCAACUACAAGCCCGUCUUUGUGACGGAGGUCACCGAUGACCUCCACUUCUACGUGCAGGACGUGGAGACAGGGACCCAGCUGGAGAAGUUGAUGGAGAGCAUGCGGGGCGAGAUUGCUGGCUGCCCCCCUGUAGAAGGGGCCUACAGCCCUCGUCGUGGGGACUUCUGCAUUGCCAAAUUUGUGGAUGGAGAAUGGUACCGGGCGCGGGUGGAGAAGGUGGAGUCCCUGGCCAAAGUGCACGUCUUCUACAUCGACUACGGCAACAAGGAGACCCUGCCUUCCACCCGCCUGGCCACCCUGCCACAGGGCUUUGGCACCCGGGUGCUGCCCGCCCAGGCCACCGAAUACAAGUUUGCCUUCAUCCAGGUGCCUCAGGAUGAGGAGGCCCGAGCGGACGUGGUGGACAGUGCCGUGCGGGACAUCCAGAACACGCAGUGCCUGCUGAACGUGGAGUACGCCGGGCCCGGCUGCACCCACGUCACGCUGCAGUUUGCCGACUCCAAGGCCGACGUGGGGCUGGGGCUGGUCAAGACGGGGCUGGUCAUGGUGGAGCUCCGGAAGGAGAAGCAGUUCCAGAAAGUGAUGACGGAAUACCUGAAUGCGCAGGAAGCUGCCAAGAGCGCCCGACUGAACCUGUGGCGUUACGGAGACUUUCGUGCUGACGAUGCUGAUGAAUUUGGCUACAGCCGCUGAGACCCUCCACCUCACCC